AGUCAAUAUGGCGACCAUGAGAAGCUAGCGGUUUGUCUCCAGCACCAACAACAUGAGGGUCCCCCGUUGCUGCAUGGGUCUGCGACGAGCCUAUUUGAUCUGGCCAAUCUUACUGCUCCUCCUGGUCGGUGCAGCCCUGACGGCUCUGCUCCCCCCCACCGAGGACGGUAGAGGCCUGGACGUCCUGGGAGUGCUACGCCGUGCAUCACCGCAAAAGGAGAAUCCGGCACAGGGCGACCGUGGCGACAGCGCAGAGGGCGAGCACAAGUUCACCAUCGUCAUUCAAACGUACAACCGCACGGACAUUCUCCUCAAACUGCUCAACCAUUACCAGGCGGUGCCUCAUCUGCAGCGGAUCAUCAUAGUGUGGAACAACGUGAGGGAGCAGACGCCCCUGAAGCUGUGGAACUCUUUGGGGCCUCAUCCCGUCCCUGUGGUCUUUAAGGAGCAGACGACUAAUCAAAUGCGCAACAGACUUCAAUCGUUCCCUGAGAUUGACACUGAUGCUGUGUUGAUGCUGGACGACGACACCCUGGUCAGCGUUCCCGACAUCAGUUUUGCUUUCUCAGUCUGGAAGCAAUUUUCCGACCAGAUUGUUGGCUUUGUUCCACGGAAACACGUCUCAACACCUGGAGGAGUGUACAGUUACGGCAGCUUCGAACUGCAGGAUCCAGAAACGGCUGGAGGCGAUAGAUACUCCAUGGUGCUCAUCGGUGCUGCCUUCUUUCACCGCCGCUACCUGCAGCUCUUCCAGGACCAACCUCUAGCCGUGCAUGCGCUGGUGGACGAAACACAGAACUGCGACGAUAUUGCCAUGAACUUUGUUGUAGCCCAGUAUUUGAGGACACAUCUGAAGUCUGUAGGCAGGUUCAACAAACCCUCUGGGGUCUUUGUCAAACCUGUGGACGUUCGCAACCUGGAGAAGGAGGCCAGCAGCGGGUACCAGGGCAUGUGGCAUCGCCCCGAACACCUUCUCCAGAGGUCCUACUGUCUGAACAGGCUGUCGCAGAUCUAUGGCUCCAUGCCGCUUUGCUUCUCCAACCUGAUGGUCUCCCAGUUUGGUUUCCCCAGCUACGCCAACCACAAGAGCAGAGGCUGAGGAGGAGCCACAUCGCCGACUGCUCUGGAUUGAAAGAAGAAAAACUAGGAUUGCAAAGUAGAAAUCUGGACAAUGAUGGACUUUCCUCCAAAACAGUCAUUUCUACACAUGACUCAGUCUCACAUCGUGUCCAUAUUUGAAAAAGUAAACUGUACUGCUGCCAGAGCUGCCUUUGCUUCAGUAAAUCCAACUCUCACUGGGUUGUAGUUAAUCAAUACACAGCCUUGGAUCUGCUUUGACAGUUUGCCUUGUUGAAUUUAUAUAACUGAAAUUGAACUGACGUGAAAUAAAUGUUUAAAUUAUGAAAAUUUUAGUAAUGUAAGUGAAUAUUUUGCCAAAAAUAACCUUCCCAUCAAAGUCUGUCUGUGAUUAUUGUAAAUAAGAUGUACACUUAAACCAUGUCAGCAUGUACAGCAUUAAACAUACAUGUCAUGUUAUAAGUAAAAUAAAGCCAACUCCAUUUUCUAACAA